AUGAUUGUUCGACUUCGACGGACCUGGGUUCAGCCCCUUGGUCGAUGCAUCACGGCGGUGCUCCCACCGUUCAAUUUCCUGACGCUCCAUUACGCUUACUUUAUCGCCACCCCGUUGAUUUGCAGCAUCAUCUUCUGGGGUGCGGCCACUCCUUCGCGGAGUAUCGAUUAUGCCGAUGCUCUAUUCAUGUGUGUCAGCGCGAUGACCGGGGCUGGGUUGAACACGGUGGAUCUCUCGUCCCUCAAUACCUUCCAGCAGUCCAUCCUAUUUGCGCUGCUGAUACUUGGACACGUCAUCUUAAUUUCGAUCACCGUCCUUCUUGUUCGCAAGAGAGCGUUCCAGCUUAAAAUCAAGAGUUUUUCAGACGAGUGUGUGCGGAAGGGUUUCUUCCGACAUGCUUCCAAGCCUGGUGCUUCCAAUGAAGGAGCAGAUAAUACCCAUGAUUUGCAAACGAGGGAGGUCCAUGAAACUGCGGGCACGAAGGCCUUCGACGCAGAAAGUCGCUCGGAGGAGCCCGCGCACACAACUGACGAUGACCGUAUCCGAUGGGUCGACGACGACCAGGUCACCGUUGGUCAUCCGCAGUCGCGCCAUCACCACCACCAUCAUCGAGUCUUCCCCAUGGCGGGAGUGGGUGCUCGAUUAGACUUGAAUAAUCAUCCUCGAGAUGUCGCGCGAACGGUGCCCCUGGCAGACGCUGAUGACGAUAUGACCCGCCCUGGAGGGAGCUUGAAGGGCACACAGAAAUAUUUCUCGUCGAGUGGGUCAAUCUCGCGGAAUUCCCAGUUCCACGGUCUCACGCCCGAGGAACGUGAGCAAUUGGGCGGAGUAGAGUACAAGGCGGUCUCCGUUUUAUCCGUCAUCGUUGCCCUGUACUGGGGAUUGUUCUUGAUUAUCGGCAUCGUGGGUAUGGGGGGCUGGCUAGAAGCGAACCAUCCAGAAAUUCCUCGGGCAAACGGCCUGUCACCGUUCUGGACAGGCGCUUUUUUCGCCGUUUCGGCCUUUGUCAACAGCGGGAUGUCUCUCCUCGAUGCGAACAUGACUGCUCUCCAAACGAAUGUAUAUCCGCUCCUUACAAUGGGAAUGUUGAUUCUUGCGGGGAAUACUCUGUACCCCUGCUUUUUGCGAUAUAUCAUCUGGGCUAUGAGACGCCUGGUGCCAAAUCACCCGUCGUGGGAUACAUGGAAGAUCACCCUAGAUUUCAUUCUCGACCAUCCAAGAAGGGUUUAUACGAAUCUUUUCCCCGUUCGCCACACAUGGUAUCUGCUGGGGACAAUUAUCAUCCUGAAUGGAAUCGACUGGGCCGGUUUUGAGAUACUUGCCAUCGGCAACCGAGAGAUCGAGACGCUUCCAGCAGGCUAUCGGAUUCUUGACGGGCUGUUCCAGGCGAUAGCUGUGCGUUCCGGGGGUUUCUACGUUGUGACUAUCUCUGAAUUGCGUCAGGGUUUACUGGUUUUAUAUGUCCUGAUGAUGUAUGUCUCGGCAUUCCCAGUUCUAGUAACCAUGAGAAACACAAAUGUCUACGAGGAGCGCUCCUUGGGCAUCUACGCCUCGGAUGAGACCCUCGGGCCAUCUGGCGAGAAAUCCCCCAGCAUCGUCAUGAGCCUGAUACGACAUCAUCUUCUCGGACGACAGGAUGUUUCCACCACCGAAGCAUCCCGCAGCUACUUCGUCCACCAACAGCUUCGGUCCCAACCCAGCCACGACAUCUGGUGGAUUGCCCUGGCCGUCCUCUUUAUCGCCAUCGCCGAAUCGUCCCAUUACACCGACGACCCCAUCGCGUACUCGACCUUCAACAUCAUUUUCGAGGUCGUCUCCGCCUACGGCUGCGUCGGGAUCAGCGUCGGCUUCCCCGGCAAGAACUACUCGUUCUGCGGCUCGUGGCACACCAUCAGCAAGCUGAUCUUGGCUGCCGUCACCUUGAGGGGCCGUCAUAGGGGUCUUCCUGUUGCGAUCGACCAGGCGGUCAUGCUGCCGAAUGAAUCGCUCGCCUGGGCGGAGGAGGAAGACGCGGUCUUGAGACGUGAGCAGACACGCGCGUAUGGAAGUGAGAAGAUGCCUAUGGGUAUAGUUUAG